ACUGAAAAAGAGAGAAGGGCCCCGUUUUAAUUAAACAAAGCAAAUGGAGGCUUUCAACAUCCCGGCGACGCCCUCAUUGAUGAAGGAGUUCCUCCGUCAGACGGGAGGCGCCGCCGUUAUCGACGGAGGACUGGCGACGGAGCUGGAACGCCAUGGUGCUGACCUAAACGAUCCCCUCUGGAGUGCCAAAUGUCUCCUCACUUCUCCUCACCUCAUUCGCUCCGUACACCUUGACUACCUUGAAGCUGGUGCGGAUAUUAUAAUCACAGCAUCCUAUCAGGCCACGAUUCAAGGGUUCGAAGGGAAAGGCUUUUCCAGAGAACAAAGUGAAUCAUUGCUUAAAAAAAGUGUGGAAAUUGCCAUUGAGGCUAGACAAAUGUAUUAUGAAAGAUGUAGUAAAAGUUCUAGUGAUGGAAUUGGAGAUGGUAAGGUGCUAAAAAAGCGUCCAAUCUUAGUUGCAGCAUCUGUAGGCAGCUAUGGGGCUUAUUUGGCUGAUGGUUCUGAGUACAGCGGGCACUAUGGUGAUGUAAUGACGGUAAAAGCUUUGAAAGAAUUUCAUCGCAGAAGGGUUCAGGUCCUGGCAGAUUCAGGCCCUGACCUAAUAGCAUUUGAAACAGUUCCAAACAAGAUAGAAGCUCAGGCUUAUGCUGAACUCUUAGAGGAAGAACACUUAAAGAUUCCGGCAUGGUUUACUUUCAACUCAAAAGAUGGUGUCAAUGUAGUUAGCGGUGAUUCUUUGCUUCAGUGUGCAUCAAUUGCUGAAUCCUGCAAACAAGUUGUUGCUGUUGGAAUCAACUGCACUCCUCCUAGAUUUAUUCAUGAUCUGAUUCUAGAAAUUAAGAAGGUCACUACCAAACCAAUUGUUAUAUAUCCCAAUAGUGGUGAGAGGUAUGAUGCUGAUUGGAAGCAAUGGGUGCAAAAUACAGGAGUCAAGGAUGAAGAUUUCAUCUCCUACGUAAGCAAAUGGUGUGAGGUUGGGGCUUCGCUUGUAGGAGGUUGUUGUAGAACUACUCCGAAUACUAUCAAAGCCAUAUACAUGACACUUUCCCAUAGAUCUCCUGCAGCACCCAAGUAGAAAUUAGUAACUUGAUUUUAUAUGCAACCUGCUGUGCCGAGGCACCGUUUAAGUUUCUAACUUUCCCACGUUCUAGUCCGAAGAGAAUGGCUCCCACAAGCUUUGCCUAACAUGCUUAGUAGUUACUUGCUGUUGUAGCAGGCCAGUGAACAAUGCAUCUUGUAUCAGUUUUUGGGGAUUAGAAGUUAUAUAAGGAAUCCGACUGACAGAUAA